GGGGAGGAGGUGAAUCCAGCGUCUGGGGGACUCUCUGUCUGUCAGCUGGCAACCUGAUUGACUAACAUCACCAACGCCCAUAAAGUGGCAAUUUACAGGAAAUGAACCGAGCUGCUAGAAGAGCCGUCUCUUUCCGUUAAGUCCGACCGGCUCAAUUGCUCCAGUGCAGUGGUCGUGAUUUUGGAAUGAAGCUUGUUGUAUAACGCUAUCAGUUAUAGUUGUCUGAUGUGUAGCAUCAACUGCACAAGUUAGCUGUUUUAUUACUGUGUAGCUAGCUCCCCCCUGGUUUGGACUGAUACAACGUAGACUUCGACUGUUUUACUCCUAUCCACCCGAAAAAUGGCAACCCAGAUCGAUAAAGAGGCUUGCAGAGAGGCUUACAACCAAGUCAGAGACGACAACACGGAUACCAACUGGGCUGUGUUUAAAUAUGAGGGCUCCAUGAUCGUGCCUGGAGGACAAGGGACUGACUAUGAGGACUUCAAGAGGAUGUGCACAGAUGACGCUCGUCUGUUCGGCUUCGUCCGGAUCACGACUGGAGACGCCAUGAGCAAACGAGCCAAGUUCACCCUCAUCACCUGGAUCGGUGAGAACAUCAGUGGGCUGCAGCGCGCCAAGAUCAGCACCGACAAGACACUGGUCAAAGAGAUCGUGCAGAACUUUGCGAAGGAGUUCAUGAUCAGUGACCUGAGGGAACUGGAAGAGGACUACAUCCGCACCGAGCUGAAGAAGGCGGGCGGAGCCAACUACGACGCUCAGGCCGAGUAGAGAAGUGCCACGGUCCACUGGAAGGGUUGGG